GACGUUGGAGUUAUCGAUUUACGAACAUUUGCGAGUAUUAAAAUCGUUGUAAUGAACAAGGAAACUACCCGUGAUGAGCGAUUGUGUUGCCUUGUGUAGAAAAUUGGACCAGUUUUCUCUGUUUGACUUGUGUUAAUUGAUUGCAAACAUGUGAAAUUGUUCCCGAGAUAACAUGAAACCCAUGAAAGUUCUAUUGAAUCAGUCGACAAAGAGCUGACCUCAAAGUAACUGUAGAACGGACCAAGAAAAUGAAACCAUUUGUUGUGUGUUGGACCAUGCUUCGCUUCAGUUAUGCUGAUAUUACACCCUUUCUGUUGGACAGCGGUGUGUCAGAAGAAAUUGGGUGUGUAGACAGCCAGGGCGGACGUGUUGGUGACGGUGACCGAUACACCCCUAAAGGAAAUGACCCCUGUGAGCAGUGUACAUGUCAGAAAGGUCGUCCUGAUUCCUGCUCCAUCACCUCCUGCUACCCGCCUGCUCAGUGCAGUGCCCCGUACUUGCGUCGGUCAGGGCAGUGUUGUGACUAUGCUUGUAACGGCACAGCCACAGACAAUCCAAAUGGAAAUGACACCCUGAGUGCAACGAAUUUGGGCCUUCGUCUGGUGGCCAGCACUGUAACCUCGUUUCUCAUUUUGGCGCUAUUGCUCUUCAUGAUACAUAGACUUCGAAAGCGGCGUCUCCUUGUCAUGAUCAGAAGAGUGGACGGUUGUCGCCGAGAACUGGAUGAGGCCUGCAUAGCUCAUCACUUUGCCAUUCAUGACGCCGCCCGCACUGUGGGAUACUUUGUGGGCCGAGAUGGAAUCUGCGACGAUCCUCCUCCACCCUAUACUUUCUGGAAACCACCCGAAACGUACGUGCCACCCGGAGAAGCCCCUCCACCUUACGAAGCACUCAGCGCUCUGUGUGGAGACCCCAUUUCUCCCUUCCCGGUGCUCGCACCACCUUGCGAUCAAGUGUCGUGCGUCCCCCAGACGCCACCUGGUGGUGGAGAAGAAGCUUCCUCCAGUUCGAGCAACGAGGAAGUUUGUGACGCCGUUAUACGAUCAGACGCCUACUACGAGGACGGGGUUGCAACGCUCCCUAGGGGGAACGUUACCAUCAUUCACGUUAGAGGGGCAGGCCAGAGCGGUGAUCCUUCCGUUACAAGUGCCAAUGUUGAAAGUAAUGGCGACGCCGUGACUGAGAAUAGUGCGAGUGCUGCCGCGAACUUAAAUCGGCAACCUGUCGGAAGCAUUCACGAAGGUCGUGAUACUAGAACUGACAGGUGCUCGUCGUACUGUGAAGUGACACCUCAGGCGUUAGUGCAGAAUGGUGCAAAGCGAUUCAGCCUUCCUGCACCACCAAACGGCUUCAGUAGCUUUCCUGAUCCUACAGAUUGGAAUGGUGGUGAUGGAGUGAGUGAAACGUCAAGUUCGAGUGCCAGCCCAGAUCACUCUCGCGGACCCUUCAGUCCAACCAGCAGCGAGUCGAGUUGCUGCUCGGGUGAUGUGGACUUUGCGCGGCAGCGACCGCCACUUGAUAAUGCGGAGUGUAUGUCUACUUUACCAGCACGAGCAAAGGGGUCACUCGACCGAACUUUGCAGUGUUUGAGAAGGUUCUCCUUCCCGGGCAGGAAAAUCGGAAAGAAAGUCCAGAAAUGUAAGGGAGAUGCAAACGAUAGUCAAGGGCAAGCGUGUGGUGCACUCGGUGAUGCGAAACCUGCCGCGGUCGGUGAAGCCACGAACGCCGUGACCGUUACAUCCAGUGGUGACACGCAGCUUUGCAGGCCACCGACAUCAGAGUGUGCUUCGACAAAGCCAGCAUCCUUAAGCAUUCUUGCCAAUUCCAGACAGCUUCCCGGCGCUACUCCCGUCGUCAUAACGGUGCACUGCCAGCAUUCCAGAACGUCGGGACAGGUACAAAACAGGCACGAAACUGGAGGUACGAGGCUAUCGCGGUCCAACUCUAUUUGCUCAGAAACAGGAGAACGUAGAUACAGAGAACAGCCACGAACAGGAACCACGCGUGAUGCGUGUGCAAUGAGCGUGCAGCACCACCCAGUAGCAGUGGACUCCACAAUUCCGCGGCAGAACGUUGCCCGACAAGUGGCAAAGCUGGAGGCUGAAGGGUUUAGGCCGCAGUGUGUAUCUGAUGUGAAUGGUAGGCGUCAUAGGAAGAGCCCUUCAAAUGUUAGUGGAAGAAGGACACUGUACGGUGGGUGCAAUAGUGAUGAAGCGAGUGCAUUGUAAUAUGCUUGAACCGCGUACACCGCACGGACCACAUUUCUAGGCCGGGAAGAGCCUGGCAUUUCCUCGGUUUAUCGACGGGGCCUGGCCUGAUGGCCUUAUAUCUGACCCGGCACGAGGAAUUUCCGGGACCGGCUCAAGCUUGGGACAUUUCUAGGCUACGCGGGCCUUCCACUACAGAGUAGUGGGCUGUAAAAGUUAGCCAUGGCUAACUAACAGUGGUGUACAGGCUUGAGCUCGAUCCAAGCCCAUCAAUGUACGGGCCGACAAUGUCAAGCUGGGCUCGGGCUUUCCGGAAUUGAUACUCUGUGUGUACCGGUGCGUCAUGUGUAUUAUGCCGAGUAAGCCGGAGAUUUACGCACGACUCAAUCAGAUUCAAUCAGAAUUGGGUUGAAUCAGGUUCAGGUCGACCCGAUUACACCCGAAUUAUUGAUGCAAAAUAGAACCCGACUCUUACCCCUCCCCCGAUGUUGCUGAAAAAUAUAACGCGAGAAAGUCAGGCCCUCCAUGUAUGUGAUCUACUUGGUCCAAUGGAGAUCUCGAGAGAUCGUUCAUUGCAAGUAUACCAAGAAGUGGGGCUGUACACGCAGUGAAUGUGUGGACAGGUCCAGCAGUGUAACUGUUGACUUUUCAUUACAAAUCAAACUGUGAAAGUCGCCGGCCCAGCACGGAACAAUAUAACCGUUGACACAGUUGAAACAGCUGGUGGGAUAUGAGAAAUAUUAUUAAUUUUAGGGCUGCAUGAAUUGUCGUUUUAAAACUGAAGCAUACAGUUGUGAACAAAGCAUUAAAAUGCAAACAGGCUGGUGUAACAAUGUUGAUGGUGUCGCUUCCUUGAGCUUGAGGCGGUGUUUCUGUCCCUACCACCGCCUCAAGCACAAGGAAAUGAUACCAUCAACAAAUAGUUGUGUUCAAGCAAAUGGGUAUGUACCUUAAGGCAGCGUUUCCCAAACUUCUCGUUGCGUCGGACUCCCAAAACCACUGGGAAUCCAUUCGAGGACCCCCGUUAAGUACGAUUCGUGUUGACAUAAAUAAGGGACGUGAAGAAAGGAAAGGAAAAACAAACACACAAGGCACUGCCAUGCAGGAAAUGAGAAGUUAGUAUAUUUCUGCCUUCUUUAGUAUCGUGUAUCGUCAUACAUAUAUCAAUAUCGUCCCCCUCAGAGAUGACGUGACCUGCACUCGCCAAGACGGUCUUUGGGCUGUCUUCGAUGGUCGCGGAACCGCGCGAACACUCUCGGGGACCCCCCGGGGGUCCGCGGACCACACUUUGGGAACCACUGCCUUAAAGGGGCACUAAAAUGCAAAAACAACUUGCUCUCAAAUGAAAGUCCGUGUUUCAGUUGGUGCAAUUCAAAUAAAAUUAGUUCACACAAAGCUACCGUUUAUAAGAAAAACGCAAUGAAAACAGAGCCGUCUUUGGCAUCAACGAAUAGGAUCACCAGGAGGCAAAUAUUGGUGGCAUCCAAUGAGACAGCAGGAGAAGCGUGCGCAUACCUAUCGUGGGCGUGUGGAUUUGGAUCGGGUCCGAUCGUAGUGUUCCGUAUAUUUAUCAUGUAUGUCCAUAUAUAUAUACAUAUAUCAAUACCGAUCCUCUGAAUUGUAGCCUACAACAGUUCUCGCGAAUGUUCCACUGAAAACAUUUAUCUUCACGUCCUUCGAACAGCGACGCCAGUCCGCUUCGAAACGCGCACUAUGUUUUGCACCAGGGGCCCUAUCCUGGUCAAAGUAAUCUACCUCGAUUACUUGAAAUUUCUUCUGUCAUUGGUGCACAAUCGAAAAAGGCGUCACUAUUAAAAGUGGUUGACAUCUUCUAUCAACCAAUCGCCCCAGGUGUUAUCUUGGAAAGCGACCCGCCUUAUCGUUGUUUCCUCCUGAGAAUCCGAAGACCACACCUAUGAUUUGCCUGCCCUGCCUUGUUGCUUCGGUUCUUAGGUGUCGGAAACAGAAAACUCUACCUGCUUAAAACUGAAUUUCGUGGAAAAUGCGUGGAAAAGCACGCUCGUAAUUUCCUUUUUUGCUGUUUGUCAUUUUUCUUGACGUACAGGUGUGCAAGACGGCAAUGUUUGUGUGACACCGUGAUUGUACUUUGCAUUUAUAAUUCGUUAUGUACCCGUGAGAUGGCGCUGAUGGCAGGCAACCAACCAAACGAUAAAAGAUAAAAGCGCGAAGGAUCAUCGCAAAGGGUCGAACGGACAGUCAGUCAGUGUGGCGCGAGCCGUAAACGCGUUUAUGACAAAUUGGUUCGUGCUUUAAAUCUUGAGCUUUAUUUAUGAGCUUCACUUUAUAUUUUUCUAUGUGUUCGUGUGCUCGAUAUGCGAAAUGAUAAUUCGCAUUUCAAUAUGCUUCUUUUGCUCGUGAGCUGUGGGGGUGGCAAUGAUACCGCAAAUGAGCAUUGAUAGUUUUACUCAAGAAACAGCGAACUUUGAUCGAUGAGUUUUUUGUGUGCACACCGCUACGUUACAAUAACAUUGAUUGUACGACGUACGGCUCGGACGACGCUUCGAAAAGCCCGGCGCUUUCACGCAUGCGAUGCCGCGAUCGGCGCAGAGAAACGGUAUUACGCGGUGCUUUUUUCUCAUUAUUAAACACAAACGAAGAAAGACAUGAAUUUUUUGUUGUGAGAGCACAUACAGACUAUAUACAACACAAUAAACGGAAAUGCACAUGCGGACCCAUCACGAAACCCAUCGCCGCUCAAAGUAAUCGACCCUCUUUCGCUAGAUUACUCUUUAGCUUUGAAACUAAUAUUUUACGUCAUUGUUACGUCAAAAUGACGUAGGGUCACGGUCCGAGAUUAGGCCCGAGAGGCUGCGAAGGAAAACUAGGUAUAAAUUUCAAUUGAAACGGGCGGGAUUUAAGGGCGGAGUAUUUCGUGGCAGCCCCGCCCUACAGCUUGUGACGUAAAGUAAUCGAGGUCGAUUACUUUUGACGAGGAUAGGGCCCCAGGACUGCUCCAUGGCGUGGCACACGCAGUAUGGACUAAAAACAGCGAUGCACAAGCUGAAACGACGUUCACUGCUUAGCGCCGAAGUUUUUGAUUAGGAUAACAAGCACGAAAUUAACAUAGCGCGUAGCGUAAUUUAAAACCAGCUUGUUUUUGCAUUUUAGUGCCCCUUUAAGGGGCUAUCGCAUCCAGAAAUGUACGAGCCCGAUACGGUUAUGUUCAGCACUGCUUCACAGUCAGCUUGCCUACUACACAGUCUAAGAACCAAUGAGGGUGCGACCUUGAGAAACAGAAUGCCACACCAUUGAGUUAUGGGGCGCUUGGCUGGCGCCUUUCCUCCCCUGAGUGCCGCUCUCUCGCUCUUGCGCUUAGAGAGUGACGUCAUGCCACCGGAGCUCCUGUGGCCGCUGCAGCUCUGCAGCUCUGAUCUUUAAAAUUUGUUCAUUUAAGAUCUUAACCCCUUUCGGACAGAAAAAAUUUGCCUGGCAGGUUGUCGACCGAUGCCGAACAUGGUGGUAUCGGUUUCGUAGAUGGGUUUCCGGGUGCAACCGUCGCUUUAAAGUGUAAACUUUUACGGACUUUUGGAUAAACUAGUAGGUGUACCAGGUUUAAUUCCAGAACACAAGACUCUAGUUAUACUGCAUGACCUUUUUUGGUGAAACACCAUUCCCUGUAAAAGCUGAGGCAUUGUUACAACAUUUGCUUCUGCAGCCAACACUAUCUGGAGAUAAAGCCCGAUCGCUUGGGAGACGCGACGUAACAAUUCCGCCAGUCAUAACAGUGCUUUCAGCAGCCGUGGCUACGGAGACAAGCCACCACCAGCCGCAUAAGCUGCCACUGAUACCCACAGAAAGCCUGCGUUUCGAAAUGGUCUGCAGCGAUUGGCUGACAUCCUGGCUGGCUGUGGUGAUUGGCUGACUUUUUAUGUCUACAUGCGAAGUAGUGAGCGGAGACAUUAAGCAGGCUUUCUGCAUCUAGGUGAUGUUGCCCCAGCCACCUGUAAAGACACUCUGCUCCUGACAUUUCCAAGAUGGCAGACAAAUGAAUGAUUGGAGAAGGCAGGUUGUGGUCUAAUUGCUCGGCCACGAUUUAGAACGUGCGACGACAGCGACAUCUAGACUCGCUAGAAAAGAGAGAUGAUAUUUUAGAUGCCCAGCAUGCUGCUUUUGUAGCAGUGAGUCAGAAAAGGAACACUGUCAAAUAGCACUGCAAAACACUGCUGGACAUAUCCAUCUGGAAAGUUUCCACACAUAAAUUCUUAUUGCUUUUUUCCAGAUUACGAUGUAAUUUGGAAAAUUGAAUAGUUGGAUAUUACAGUUAGCUGUAUUUAUGAUGUACCACAAAGCAACGUUUAUAAUGCAUGUGAUGGAUGUUUAUAUACCUAUGAAGAAAGCAACCUUCUAACGUUUUCAGGUGGCAGUCAUUUACUAUGAGAUCAUAAAGAGGCCCAUUUCUUAUGAAGGGUCGUGCUCAUAAUGACGCAUGUGUACUGCGAUACGGAGAGAACUGCACGUGAACUUAAUGUAACUUAGUUUUUUAAUUAUGUGGGAGCUUGUGACAUUCAAGUAUAUUACUAUAAAUAGCUUUGCUUCCAUUUGGGCAAAUUUAAUAUUGGUACAUACAACUAAUGGAGGAAUUGUUGCACAAAGCUAAAUCCGGACAAUCUCUUCAAUUAUCUUCACGAUUCUGUUGGUCAGUCACUGCAGUUAGCACUGGCUUUGAUACUUGAUCAUAUCACACUAAGAUCGUAAUAAAAAAAUCCCUUAAAUUUAUUCUUUCAUUUGAUUCAAAUUCAGUAUUGUGCUAUAAUACUGAAAAGCAACAGCAGCCAUGAAAUCUGGUUUUGUUACAGGCAUUCACAUUGUCAAAACUAAAAUACAGUAUUAACAUUGGGAAUACCUCAGGAAAAGGAAUUCUGAGCACAUCAAUGCAAAAAAAAACAUCUUGUAAUGUGAAGCUGAUGUGAAGGCUUUGCACACUAUCAUGAAGCUUAUGUGGGAAUAUUUGAGAAAUGAAUAUAUGUGUUGCCGUACAUAAGUUUCACAAUUUUUGUGAAAUUAGUAAAUUAGUAAAUUUUGGUUCUAAGCUCAUUCACACAUUCGAAAAGGAAAAAAGAGAGAGAAUUUAUGGACGAUGAAACAGUCUAGAAAGGCACGAUUCUUGAAAACAAGGGAUCACUGCCAUAUGAAUGCAAAAACUUCGAUCGACAUGACUGAACUUAUUGAUCUAAAGAAAGUACAGGACAAUGUCAAAGUGCGACAGUGAGACCUUUGCAUGUAAUUAGUCUUUCCCCUCCACCUAAGAAAAGAAGGAACAAACUGGUGCUCUCAGUCUGUAUUAUUUCUUCUGAGGAAGAAUCAUAAAAUACAAGUAAAAUAUUGUCAAUAUUAUCUUAGACACAUGAAACUUUGCUUCUCAUUUUGCAAACCGUCUUCCUUGUGGGAAGCAAAAUGAAUCCAGCUAUUGUAUGGCCUUUAAUACCUAACAUAUUUCUAUCGUCGAUCAUAAUUUCUCAUAAUGUGCUGUCCAGUUAUCACACUCAACAAAGCACAUGGUUCUAUUGAAGACACAGUCGGGUGUGUCACCUCGUUGUUUGACUCAUGCCAUGGUCACAACAGUGUAGUAUAGGUAAUUGAAAUUUGAGCGUGCAACAGUUGUGUUGGUUGUAGCGUGCUGCUUGUAGCAAAUGUGUCUGCAGUUGUGGCAAGAGUUACAGCAUUCUGACAUGUAAAACAAGGAUCUUGCAUAAGCAACUGCAAAGCCACUAUGUGCAAUCCAUGUGGCCCUGUGGGUGCACAUACUUUUCUGGACAGGAAUAUUUAGUGCAUGCGUGGCACGUAUCUCCGUUUCAGCGUUUGUGGUGCCUUUCUCGCGGGUGGAGUUUCGGACACUUUUGAACUGACAUUUUCUUGUACCACCAAGUUCCGAUAUAGCGGGUGACCUUUGUGUGAUGCUAGAGUUAUAAGUCCCUGUACUUGGAAAUCAGAUGUGUUAAAGGAUACCAGAACUUCUGCUGAAUAGAGAUUACAUUCAGCAGUUAAAUGAUUUUGAUCUCUAUGUGUGCAUCGACGGACAUACUGUGGAAAAAUCGGUGUCCACCUGGCAUUGUUGGACAUUCCACGGCACAAGUUCGUACAGAGGUCUAGUUCCACUUUGAGAACAAGCCUUGUAGUUACGAAAACAGUAUGUGCAAACAAUGUUUCGACAGGUUUACCCCACUUUUUUCAAUACACUUCCAUUUUACACCUCAUUCCCUCAUCCUACAAAAGAAGGGUCACAUGACAUCCAUAAUUUUCUAAGGAGAACAUUUAAGACAACUCACGAAGUGUAAAUUGGAUGUUCUAACGAUAGUUGUACAUAGAUCCAUUUGCAUUAGGAUGGCAAAUAUGCGCAAUGUGUAGUGUCCAUCGUUCUUAUUGAUGACCUCGGCUUUGCUGUUGUUGCUGAUUUUUCAUACAUAUCUAUAUUUGUUGAACUUGUGUAGCUCCCACAGUCACUUCAUGCUUUGUGGUUGUGGAGGGCACCAUGCAAUGCUCACAGUAAGCCUUUAUGGCGUAAUGAUAUCUACUUGUUAGUAGGUUGAACAAAAAGCUGUCACAUGGGGAGUAAGUCUCUCACGGGGAGUAGGUAAGUGGCUCCCAAGGGGGAUCAAGUCAGCGUAUAAUCAAAGGUUGCCGAACUCCAGAUACUUUUUUUUUCAUUUUGUUUUAUUUUAUUAUAACCAAGAUACAAUGAAUUGAUCAUGAUUUUCAUACAAUGAUUUUCUGAAUUGAUCAGAUAUUUGCAGAAAGAUAUUAGUUCACCGGUUGGGUCUUUACGCCAGCCCAUUUGGGCUCUCUGGUUCAUUUCGCCUUCUAAGAGAGUCAUUGGCAUAUUGCUUUACCUGGCUUUGCUUCGGGAAUUAUUAUAAAGCUACCAGAAAGUCACUCGAGAUAUUGAAAAAUCAAACUGAAUGAAUGAAAUGUUUACAAUUUCUAUGUCUUGCACAGCCCAGCUCAAGCGAUACCCCCCCCCCCCCCCCCCCCCUACUUCUGCUCAUUUUUUGUAAAAAAAAGAAAGUGGUGUCUUGAUUAUUAAAUGACGUAUAAUUGGA